AUGAAUCAGGAACUGCUCUCUGUGGGCAGCAAGAGACGACGAACUGGUGGAUCUCUUCGAGGUAAUGCUUCCUCAAGCCAAGUAGAUGAGGAGCAGAUGAAUCGGGUUGUAGAAGAGGAGGAGCAGCAGCAGCAAAGACGUCAACAGGAAGAGCAGCACAUUGGGAGGAAUGGGGAGAUAGGAGGAGAAGAACCUGGAUUUGAUGACAGGCAUGAGUCUCAGCAGGAACAGUUAGAAGAAAAUAACAAUAGACUUAAUACAGUGGAUGAAGAAUCCACUUGUAACCAAGAAGAAGAUGAUGAUGAACAUACUGGUGAUCAAGAGGAGGAGGUGGAAGAGGAGGAGGAAAUGGACCAGGAGAGUGAUGAUUUUGAUCAAUCUGAUGACAGCAGUAGAGAAGAUGAACAUACUAACAGUAACAGUGUCACAAAUUCCAAUAGCCUCAUGGACUUGCCCAUUCACCAGUCAUCGCCAUUCUACGUAAAGACGAAG